GACAAGCGCUCUCCAAAGAAUCCAGCCAGCAACACGAUAUUCAUUCUUUGUCGCAUCAUAGAUGCAAUAGUCUCAUGUAUCGAAGGGGAGCAGGGAUCAGCUCCGUCAAGCUGACCCUUGUUCCCUAUAUUUAAUCGCCCCUGUCGUGUGCCGCCCUGAGGCCCGAGCUCUCGCAAAGAGCAGCUCGAAAAGCAUUUCAUCCUGAAUUCACACCUCCAGCAAACAAGCACCACAAGAAAUGUCAUCCAAGCGCAGUGUCCUCAUCACCGGCUGCUCCGACGGCAGUCUCGGAUCCGCCCUCGCGCUCCAAUUCCACCAAGCGGGCUGGCGCGUGUUCGCCACGGCCCGCAACCCCGCGAAGCUCAAGGAGGCCGAGAAGGCGGGCAUCGAGACCGUCCUGCUGGACACUCUGUCGAACGAGUCGAUCCGCGCCUGCGUCGCCCGCGUCCAGGAGCUGACGGGCGGGUCGCUGGACGCGCUGAUCAACAACGCGGGCGGCGGGUACUCGAUGCCCGUCAUGGACAUCGAGAUCCCGAUCGCGCGGGACUUGUUCGAGCUCAACGUCUGGUCGCUGAUCAGCGUCGCCCAGGCCUUCCUCCCUUUACUCCUGGAGUCCGCCCGGACCGGUGGCCCCGGCCGUGGCCCGACCUUGCUCGUCAACCACACCUCCAUCUCCGGGACCAUCGGCGCCACCGGGCCCUUCGCGGGGGCCUACAACGCCUCCAAGGCCGCCGCCUCCAGCUUCACCGAGACCCUGCGACUCGAGCUCGAGCCCUUCGGCAUCAAGGUGAUCAACCUCGUCACCGGCGCGGUCCAGUCCACCUUCCAUGAUAAGGCGCCGCACCCGACUCUGCCUGCUUCUUCCCUGUACAAUGUCGCCAAGGAGACCGUGGAGCGCGCCUUGACCAAUACCGAUCCCGAGAAUGAUACCCCCGCCGCGGCGUGGGCGAAGCAGGUGGUCCGCGACCUCAGUAAGCGCACUCCGCCGUAUUGGAUCUGGCGCGGCAAGCUCGCCAUGAUGGCCCGGAUCGCGGGCCUCCUGCCGCUGGGGUUCUUCGAUGGGACGAUGAAGAAGUGGGUUGGCUUGGAUGUGGUGGAGCAGCGGUGGAAGGAGCAGGUGAAGGCGUCAUCUUGAGAUGGUGAAGGUGUCCUGUGUAAAGGAUUGGUAUAUAAUGCACGCCUGUGCCUAGUAAGAAACUGAAGGUGUUGGUUGUACGGAGUUCUCUGGUGGUUUAGUCUUUGAUCUUUGGCAUAAGAGCCGGGAGGGAAUUUUGUGAUCAGUGGUAUCUUGUUCUUUCGUUGCUGCCUGUUACCGUGCUGUGUUUGUCUUUCCUGGAGUCUUGUCUUGCUGUGAUUCUGGGAGUUUCGUUCUCUCUCAGCCGGUGGGACUAUUUUGUUCGAAAUAUAUCGUAAUGGGCCAACUGUAUAUACGAAGCUGGCUCAGAUAAUGAUAUUAUAC